AUGGACGCUAAGCACAGUGUGCAUGCAGACACGGCAGGAGACUGGAGUGCUGAUGCAUGCCGCACUGUUGCACAAGCACUCACAUCGUCACUGGACUUGGGCUUGUAUCGAGAUGCCAUUGUCGACACAAUGGUAUGGAUGCAUGUGGUGGCGGCUGACCUUGGGGAGCGCGUACGAACAUGGACAGGCCGGCAAUACCACCGAUCACCACAACACAUACUUGCCAUGCUGCAUAGUUUCAGCGCUAUUAUGCGCGAGCAGUACGAGCAACUUGAGGAUCAGCAACGGUUCCGGCUCAUGGGACUGGAAAAAUUGCAUGCCACUGUGGCUCAGGUCGAAGACAUGCAAGCCCUACUAUCGACGAAGCGGACAAGGCUCGAGGCUGCCAAUGUUGAAGCGAACGAUCGCUUGCAGCUUAUGGUGCAGCAGCAACAAGCGGCUGAGACGAAGCGCGAGGCUUCGAUAGCAUUGCAAUCAGCACUGCAGCAGCAAGAAGCAGAUAUGGCACAGCAACGAGCAUCUGUGCUGCAAGAGCUUUCCGAAGCAGAACCGGCUCUCCUCGAUGCUCAAGCGGCCGUAAGCAAUAUUAAGAAGCAGCAUUUGAGCGAGGUGCGAUCUAUGACGAAUCCGCCAGCGCCGGUAAAGCUGACGAUGGAGUCGGUAUGCAUGCUACUGGGCCAUCGCAUUGAUGGAUGGAAGACGGUACAGAGUCUGAUACGACGUGACGAUUUCAUCUCAACCGUCGUACACCUAGACACCGCGUCGAUUCCGCAUGCACUGCGUGAGCGCCUGCAGCGUGAGUACCUAAAUCGGUCCGAGUACAAUCUCGAGAGCAUUCACCGUGCGAGCACGGCCUGUGGUCCGCUAGCGCGUUGGGUGCUUGCACAGGUGCAUUACGCACACAUCCUCGAGCGUGUUGAGCCACUGCGUGCGCAAGUACACACCCUCGAAGCACAGGCAGCUGACACACGGUUAGAAGCGUCUCGCGCGGACACGACUGUCGCAGAGCUUGAGAAUAGCAUUGCCGAGUACAAGCGCGAGUAUGCAUCAUUGAUCAGUGAGAUUCAGGCACUCACGAAUGAGCUGCAAGCCGUCGAGGCGCGUGUGGCUCGUAGUGUGCGUCUGCUGGACGGUCUGAGCUCUGAACGCGAGCGCUGGGAGCAGGGACGCCAGACUUUCGAUGCCCACAUGCAGACGGUUGCUGGCGACAGUCUGAUGUGCGCAGCGAUGGUGGCGUAUGCGGGGUUUUUCGACCAGGCAUGUCGCGAGGCUUUGUGGCGUGCAUGGCUUGCGCGUCUUGAUGCAGUGCAUGUGCCUGUUCGACGAACACUUUCUUUUGCCGAUACGCUCUCAACGGCAGACGAGCGGGCCGCUUGGCAUGAUGCGAUGGGCUUGCGCAGCGAUGCAUUGAGCAUCGACAAUGCUGUGAUACUACAGCGAUGUACGCGAGUGCCGUUGCUCAUUGACCCGUCCGGCCAUGCUGUGUCGUUUGCUUCAGCUUUGUACGCAUGCGCACAGCCGGCCGUCACGUCGUUCCUUGAUGGUGGGUUUGUGCAGGUGUUGGAGCGUGCGCUGCGGUUUGGGACACCGCUCAUUAUUUCCGAUGCUGAGCACUUAGAUCCUGUGCUGAUGCCUGUGCUGAAUGCCGAAAAGCGGCGUACAGGCGGCCGAACGCUUGUUCGUGUUGGCACAGCGGACGUCGAUUGGGCGCCGUCGUUCUGUCUCGUGCUUACAACCCGCUACGCGGGCGUUGUGCUGCCGCCUCAUGUGUUUGCGCGCGUGCAAGUCAUCAACUUUACUAUGACACGCAAGAGUCUCGAAGCGCAGGCUCUCAGCAAGAUCCUGCACUAUGAGCGCCCAGAUAUUGAGGCGCAGCGAGCGGAUCUUGAACGUAUGCAGAACGAAUUCAAACGACGUCUUUUACGCCUUGAACAUGCACUCCUGACGGCCCUGAACGAGGCUCAGGGCCACAUCCUCGAAGACGACCACGUCGUCAGUACACUUGAAACACUCAAAGCCGAGGCGGAUGACAUCUCUCGCAAAGCAGCGUCGACUGAGAGUAUUGUUCGCUCUGUCGCCGAGGCGACGCAUGCGUACGAACCACUAGCCAGCGCAUGCAGUGCUCUGUACUUUUUGCUCGAGCACAUGCAAUCGUUACACGCGUUCUACGCAUUCGAUAUGCGUCUCUUCGAGCGACUGCUUACAGACGUUUUGUCGCACCGCUCGUUUGCACAAGACACCGAAUCGAGACGGCAUGCCCUCUAUGAUACCAUCUUUGUCGCUACGUACCGGCGAGCUGCUCCUGCGCUCCUGCAUGCAGACCGGCUUGUGCUCGCCAUCGCUCUUGCGCAGCUGUACUGCCGCGCAGGCCCGCGCGCUGGUGCUCUGGAUGGUGCAGACUUUUUCUCUCUGCUUCAUGGCUCGGACACAGCGACACUGCGGCUCGCAGCGCACGACGAAAAAGCUCAUCCGGACGCCUGGCGUACGUGGACAUCGCAAGCGACGCCAGAGCUUAUCGAAUCACCCUUGCCCCACGCACCCGAUGACGAGAUUGGUGCAUCCGUUCGCCAAGCCCUGCUUCUACGCACGUAUCGACCGGACCGCCUGGAGCCCGCUCUGGUCCGUCUCGUGCAUCAUGUCUUUGGUGCGCCACUUCUCGACAUGCCGCUUCUUCCUUUGCAGGACAUAGUUGAGCAGGUGUCGAGCGAUACACCACUUGCUCUGUUUGGUGUGGCUGGGUAUGAUGCAAGUGGCACCGUCGAGUCGUGCGCGGCAUCAUUGAAUGUGUCAUGUGCCCAAGUGGCUCUUGGUUCACCAGAGGCUAUGGCUCUCGCUGAUCGUGCGAUGGCGUCCGCAGCUCGUUCUGGCUCAUGGGUCCUGGUGAAGAAUGCCCAUCUUGCACCUACAUGGCUUGCACAGCUUCCCGCACGUCUUGCUGCUCUCUGUCCACAUGAGCGGUGUCGCGUGUGUCUCACUUGCGAACUCUCGCCGUCUGUGCCGCCAGCGUUUGUACGAGCCGCUCGGAUCGUGAUGCACGAGCCCCCCGCCGGUUGCAAGUCCAUUCUUCUCGACGCGCUGCAUGCCCUGGACAUGCGCGACGUAUUAGGCGCACCAACCGCAUCAUCCGCUGCCACCCCGCCACCGCCAGAACGAGAGCGUGUCUACAUGCUAGUGGCCGUGCUGCAUAUGAUGGUGUUGGAACGCGCGCGUCACGUGCCACAGGGCUGGUCUCGUCCGUAUGAGUUUUACGACACGGACCUCGACGCUGCAUACACACUCGUUGACACAUGCUUCGCGCACGCAGCUCAGACGAAACGCCAUCUUGCGCCAGAGGAGAUCCCCUGGCUUGCGUUACGGACCCUUCUCGCGCAAGAUGUCUAUGGCUGCCGCAUGGAUAGUGAGGCGGAUCGAAAAAUGCUCGAUGCACUCCUUGCACAUCUAUUUACUCCAGCGGCGUUUGAAAGCGAGUUUGUCCUUGCCCCCGAUCUUGUACAACCGCUAUGCGCACCGGAUGGCGUGCGUCGAGAGCUGUUCCGCAGCUGGGCGGCAGCCCUGCCUGAGCCACAACCUGUGUCUUGGGUUCUUUUGGCGCCUGCUGCUGAGCGUGUCACAGCUGCGCAGCAUGCUAUACGGGCGCUCCAGCGACUCCAAACUGUGCGGCAAUGUGCUGAGCGCGAGCAGGAUAUUGUGAUUGAACACGCAUCGCUAGACCAGGUGCCGCAGCCGAGUGUGCCGGCGAUGACGACCGAGCUCGCUGCAUUCGUCGACACAUAUUUAGCCAAACUGCCUUCCGUGUUGGCUGGGCCUACAGCUGGAUCUGCCGAGUUUGGCGCCGAGGCCGAUGAUCCAUUGGGCCGUUUCUGGGCUCGUGAGCGACGCACAGCCUUCGAGUUUGGCUCUCUUGUCCGUGCAGACCUCGUGAGGGUGUCCGACAUCCUCGCUCAGCGUGCGCCGCGGACGAGUCCCAUGGCGGCGCUCAUCGCCUUGCUGGAACAGGGUGAUGUGCCUGUGUCAUGGCGCCGUGGAUCUAGUGUUCCUCUUGGCAGCACAUUGCGUGCAUGGCUCGAUGAUCUGUGUGCACGUGUGCAUCAUGCGACGCUCCCCAUUCAUGAGCGUGUAGAACUGGGCCAACUUUGGUCCCCCUCGGCCUACCUUACCGCCGCAAGGCAAAUGACGACGCGCGAGACUCACGCGAGUCUUGAGCAGCUUGAAUUGCAUUGGGUCUUGGACUCUGGCAGUGCCCCGCCACACUCGUUGAAAGACGCAGCGUGGUGGCCCAUUGGAUCGUUGUGGCUCGAUGGCGGCGUGUGGAAAGACGGAUGUCUGCAUCUCAACGAUGGGGCCUCGACGAGCGUUUCACUCAAUGCACUUUUAUGGACGUGUCGCAAGGAAGCCGACUCGCCGCCACAGAGCUCUGAGCCAUUCCCGCAACUCAGCGUGCCUGUUUUCCUCGAUGCACAGCGACAACAUUUCCUCUGCCAUGCGCAUAUACCCAUCGCGAAGGAUGCAUCGAUGGAGCUCGCAGUUUUGCAUGCCGUGGCCAUCCGCCUCACAUAG